AGGUUAGUUUCAAAUAUGUUUUGAUCCGUUUUAUUGAAGAACAAACACAAUGUCUGUUAUUGUGAUAUAUGCUAUCGUUGCAUGCAUUUUUCAUGUUGCAUUUGUACACGCGGAUUAUGAGUGCUUAUGCAACUACAACGUAGAAAUUCCCGUAUUUUCAAAGGCUAGCUCUACUGGUCAAGUGAUAGGAUAUUUGUACGAAUUUGACUGCAAAGCAAUUUACGCGAAAACCGCUAAAGACUCAAAGUUCAAACCAGUACAGUUUGAAAACCAAGUUGGGUACAUUGAAAAUGGGAAUGGUCUUCAAGUUCAAAUUUGCCAGGGCAAUGUUCCAACUGAUGAUCUAGUGAAAACUACAACAGUCUCUGUAGAGUCAACAACAUCAACAACCACAGAAGCGACUACAAUAGCGAAUCAACAAACAAAUAAGACGACUCCUAAGCCUAUGGUAACUGAUAACUUAACUUCCACAGUCAAAGGCACAACAAUACAAGUUCCCACCAUAUCUAUCCAAAACACAACUGUUAGAGCUUCAUCCCAACCAACAGGAGCAGUGGUUGUAGUUGCUAAUGGAAAUAUUACAGUCUUAACCCACCAGUCAAGUGACAAUACAACACAUGAUAACAACUCUACCACACACUCGACAUUUUCUUCAAAUGUUACUUCCUCAUCAACAACUAUACUCCCUACAGUACCUGUUUCAUCUACAUCAAAUAUAUCUAUUACAACGUCUCAAGCAGCACGUACGUCUUCUACAACCAUUCCGAUGCAGCCAUUCAUUGCAAAUUCUACAAGUACUCCGAUUUCCGCAACAAGUACUACUACAACUCCCUUGCCUUCUACUACACGUGUUACUACGAUGACACCUACAACGCCUACAACAACGCCUACAACAACAACGCCUUCAACAACGCCUACAACAACAACGCCUACAACAACAUUUACCACAACAACAAAAAGGGCGACGACAACAGCGCCGAAGCCAUCCUGUCCGAAUGGUUGGAUUAUGUACCAGACGUCAUGUUACCUGCUUCAUACAAACAACAGAGUACACUGGGGUGACGCGAAUAGGGAUUGUGUGAGCAAGUCAUCACAUCUAGCAAUAAUUGAAACAGCGGAUGAAUUCAACUUCCUAAAACAGCAACUAACCAAUCACAUUAACAUUCACAAUGGCGAUGACUCCGAAACAUCUGCAUGGGUAGCAGGAAGGGAUGACAGAAACGAAGGUCAUUGGGAAUGGUACGAUGGUUUUACGAACACAUACAAACCGUUUACAUACACGCACUGGGGACAAGACGAACCCGAUGCAGGAGAAGGCGAGCACGAGGAAGACUGUAUGACGAUGGUCGGGGAAAAGGGGUUCAUUUGGGCAGAUUACUCUUGCAACGAGAACAGUAUUAUGUUUGUGAGCAGUCGGCUUUACCACUUAUAAACGUACAAACACAACAAACACAGAGUCCUCCACAACAAACACAGAGCCCUCCACAACAAACACAGAGUCCUCCACAACAAACACAG